AUGGACUUGCCGCCUGCGCAUCCUGGACCAGCCGAGGAUCAGCUAUUAGUGCUGCAGGGCAACCAUAGGUCCUCCUUUGUAUGGGAGGGACAGCUAUCAGAUCAGCCUCUCCGCCCCAAGAGACCUGACGAUUUGUGGGAGUUCUUGAGGCAGUAUCAGUUCCAUGCCCGCGUAGUCGCGCGCCUACAGGCUACGGGCUUCUUUAUGAUUUUGCAGUUUGGGCGGAUACAGCUUGAUUGGUCUCUCAUCACUGCAUUGAGAGGGGGCAGUCACGUUUCUUUGUCAGCUAUCAGAGACCAUAUGGCGUUUUUGCAUCCAGACAUUACCGGCGAGAUAGAGGAUCUCCAUAUUGAGCGGUACACGAGGUUGGCGCUGCUCCUGCUUUUUGGGGGUGUCUUGUUCCCGAACACUUCAGGAAGUAAAGUGAGUAUGCGCUUUCUGCAUCAUCCGCAGCAGCUAGAUGAGGUACCCCUGUACAGCUGGGGUGCUGCUAUUCUAGCAUACCUGUACCGGAUUAUGUGCCGGGCGAGCAUGUUUUGCCAGGUGGACAUAUGUGGUUUUCUACCCCUUCUACAGGUGACAAUAUUUUCGAAUACUCUGUUCAUUAAUCCGAAUUCUAUAUGGUCGAAAUGA